AUGGCAAGCAAUCCAACAGUUAAGCAAUGCAAAAUGAACAUAAGCAUAAUUAAAAGGAUUAGUUAAGUGUUUGUUAUAGAUGUAACCACAAAACAAUAAUUUAUUAGUGAAAUCAAAGGACUUUGGGAUAACGGAAAUAAUUUACCUAAAGUUUGA